GACUGUGGGACUGGUGCUUUAAAGCUUCCAGAGCAGCAGUUUUGACAGACGCAGCUGUGCUCCUGACAGGUACUGAAGACUGAAGCUCUGGGUCUUGGAAGGUGAACCAACCUGGAUGCGAGAGCUGCAGACUGAACAUCUCCGCGAACUCGAUACACAGACCCUCCACUGUGUGGUAUUUAAAAUUUCUUUUUAAUUUGCUGAGAUCGCAGAACAAGAAAUUUAGGAGACGUGCAGUUAUACGUGUUUUUCUCAGGCUCUUGGAUUCUGUUCUGGACACUGGCACUGUGAUUUUAUUGCAGUUAAAAGUAACUCUUUAUGGACUUUGAAGCGGUGAGUUACUGACAGCAUCCAGCACACAUUGUUGGGGAGCCCUGCUGGGUCUUAAUGGGAGCUUGAAGGACCUGAGACAAUUGCAGGAACUGUGGAACAAGGGCCUCAGCUGGAGUGACAGCGAUCAGCAAGAGUGACAGAGAGCGGCAGUCAGAGGGCAAAGGAACAGACACGGUCAUGAACACAGGCACCCGACCAGUCCAGAAUGAGGAGGAGACGGUGUGUGCGGCGCUGGCCCGCUACGAGGCCACUCUGCGGGAUGCCGUGCGUGAACUCCAUGUGGAUGUCAGCGCCUUCAAGCUAGGUGUAGAGCGCCGCCUAGAGGAGGCGGGCCUCCUGACAGGGCCCCUUGGUCACGUCGUGACACAGCUGCAGCAGGAGAACCGGCAGCUCCGGGCCCAGCUGGAGGCACUGACCCGGCAGGUGGAGGCACUGACUGGGGUGGCGUGCGAGAGAAGCGGCUUCCAGACCGACCUGACCCAGACCUCCCUGCUCGGCCCCAGCACAAUCGGGACAGCCUCCCACAGCCCGCAGACUCCACCAGGGCCCGCUGCAAGUUCUGAUUCCUGUCCCACAGCAAAUCGCUUCUCAAGCCGAGCCCGCUUUUCCCUGUCCGGCAAGAUCAGUAGUCCUGAGAAGGAGGAGCCCAUAGAAGUGGACCUUGCCCCCGUUCCAUCAGUAGUGCAGAAUGGCCACACCUCUACUGCAGAGAACUCUAUGGCGCCACAGGAAGUGAGGUCUACAUUAAGUGAUGUACUACAGGAACAGACGGCCCCUGUGUCCAUGGUGAUGCCACACCUGCCCAUUACAGCAACAACCAAAACUGCUGAGUCCUCCGUUGCCCCUGUUACUAAGAUACUUGAAUCACUGACUGGUCCUAUCCAAACCCUAAACCCUGCUGUAAGUGGGACUUCACCUGGUCAGUCCACAGCAAGUAGCUCCCAGUCACAAGCAAUUUCAGAGGCUUCUCUUCAGUCAGCACCUGCUGUAAAGACAUGGUCCCCAAGUCCAGUGAGAACUCUGGGCUCUCCUCGUGUUACGGAAAAACAUACUUCCAUGCCCUCCAAGUCAGUAUCUUACCCCGGCAUCGCCCCCAUUAGCCAGAGCCUGUCCUCCAACAGGGCGGUGGAGGUGGCUGGAGAGAGAAGAAGGGAGCUUGUGCGGUCACAGACUCUUCCGCGAAACAUUGGCACCCAGGCCCACCGCUCCAUCUUCGAGAAACUGGACUCUGACUUUAACAGGCCCAAGCCCUUUGAGGCCAAGCCCAAGCUGAAACGUUCCCAGAGCUUCGGGGUGUCCAGCGCCAGCAGCAUAAAGCAGAUCCUCCUAGAGUGGUGCCGGUCCAAAACCAUCGGGUACCAGAAUAUCGACAUCCAGAACUUCUCCUCCAGCUGGAGUGAUGGCCUGGCCUUCUGUGCCCUGGUGCACUCCUUCUUCCCAACUGAGUUUGACUACAAUGACCUCACGCCCGCAGACCCCAAACACAACUUCGAAGUGGCCUUCACCACUGCCGAACAGAAAGCUGGCUGUGACCGGCUCAUCGAGGUGGAGGACAUGAUGGUGAUGGGACGCAAGCCUGAUCCCAUGUGUGUUUUCACCUAUGUUCAAUCCCUCUACAACCACCUGCGGAAAUUUGAGUGAUGCACAUACGUCUUCACCACUUCUGGGGUCGCUCAGGGACAGCAACUGCACUGCUGCCUCUAGGACGACCCAGCUGCUUCUCUCCUACAGGAAUGGACCGGAUCUUAUUGUAUGAGGUGGAAAUGUCUAUGUAUCAUAAUGCUAAAUCCACUAUGAUCCACCUUAAUACCAGCCCUCAGUUUUGUAGAGUAACCCUUCCCCUUCCCGGGAAACCUCCAUUCUUCUCCCCACCGACAAGCCUGCACCUGCACCAGUGCAAGUGUGCACCUCCAGCAUAGCCUCCCUGCAAGAAUAGCCUGAAAAGUAGCCCGUUUGAAUGCCUGUCCUACAGCUGACACAUGAAAAGGAACCUUGGCUAGAGGUCACCUUGUACCCCAGGAGAGAAUCUUACCUUAAUGCUGAUUCCCUACAAUGAGUUGAUAAAGUGGAAAAUACACAUACUUUUGUUCCUUUCACUUGCAACUGUAUCCUAUAGGAGGAUCAGAGUGCAGAAUAUACUGUGAGGAUUCCGUGACUUCAUAAGAUACGGUAUGUUUAAGCAGCUAGGAAUAUGAUUUAAAAAUCACUGCAUAUUUUGUCAGGACUGUAUGCUUAUCAUGUACAAUGCUACUUAGUUUUUUUUUUAAAAAAAACAGCUUUUGCUCCAAGAUGUCUUGGCUUUUACUUUGGGAUGGAGGUUGCUGUACAUUGCUUAGCCAGAUACUGAUUAAUUCUGGUGCUUUAGUAAAACUGUAAACAAUACCACAAUUAGGCUAUUGUUAAAAUCUAGAUAUAGUACACGUACUGCGCCAGACCACCGACAAAAAUAAAUCUGGCAGCACAAUUCAUUGCGGACAAGUGGCGAGGGAGUCCAAAUUCAAACUUGCAGUUAAACUCUUCACCACAGGGUGUCACCACAUCAACUAUUGGGUGAACUUUGAAUUGAAUUGAAUUGAAUUGAACUUAAUUGGGGGGCGCAGUGGCGCAGUGGGUUGG